AUGGUGGAAGGCAUUGACUCCAGCACUGACAGAGAAGCCCUUCUAGUUUUCAAAUCCUUAGUUUCUGAUCCUCAGAAUGCUCUCUCUGGAUGGAACAUUAGUUCAUCUCAUUGUACUUGGUUUGGUGUGAACUGCACCAGCAAUGGAACACAAGUCCAAUCACUAAGCCUUACCAGUCUUGGGCUCUUUGGCAAUAUCCCUCCUCAGCUCUCCAACCUCACUUCCCUUAAAACUCUAAACCUUUACAACAACUCUUUUUUUGGUCAAAUUCCUUCUGAGUUUUCCCGUCUUACUAGCCUUCAGCGUAUAAUUCUCGCCACAAACAACAUCAGUUGCACCAUUCCUAUUAGUCUAUCUGAUUGUCUUAUGCUUGAACAGAUGAGUUUUGAGAACAACAAACUUACCGGUCUCCUUCCUAGUGAACUAGGCCAACUUCCUAGACUGAAAAUCCUUGAUGUGUCCAUGAACAAUCUUACCGGUGCGAUCCCCUCUACUUUUGGCAAUCUCUCCACUAUCACCAAUCUCAGCAUAGCAAGAACCAACAUAUCUGGUAAAAUUCCAAAUGAGUUGGGUCGUCUACAUAAUCUUGUCAUGCUUCAACUCUCGGAGAAUCAAUUAAGUGGUGAGAUACCCUUUUCGAUUUUCAACAUAUCCUCAUUAGAGUACUUAUCCCUUACACAAAACAGGCUUGUUGGAAAGCUGCCCUCCAAUAUAGGUCUUACCCUUCCCAACAUAAGGGAACUCUACUUGGGGCGCAAUGGUCUGGAAGGACCAAUACCAACUUCUUUAUCCAAUGCUUCACAUAUUGAAUUCCUUGAUCUCUCUUCAAAUAAUUUCACAGGGCCUAUUCCUUUACUUGGUAACUUGAAAAAUCUUGUAAAAUUAUUCCUUGGCUCAAACAAAUUAUCUUCUACAACAGAGCUGAAUUUUCAAGUAUUUGAUUCCCUCACUAACUGUACUCAGUUAGAAGAUAUCUUUCUCAAUUCCAACCAAUUAUCUGGUGAACUUCCCAGUUCUGCUGCAAAUCUCUCAGUCAAACUCCAAGAAUUUUGUAUUGAUGAUAAUUUGUUGACCGGUAGCUUGCCUCAAGGAUUUGAGAGAUAUCUUUAG